AUGGGAGGAAGCAGCAAGAAACGUGGUGGGCAGCGCGGCGAGGGCGACGCGGAGAACCCGGCGGCGGAGGGGGGCAGCGCGCUGCCGAUGGCCAACGUCGUGCGCCUGAUGAGGCGGGUGCUGCCGUCGAACGUCAAGAUCGCCGAGACCGCGAAGCAGCUCACCCACGACUGCGCGGUCGAGUUCGUCGGCUUCGUCGGCGGCGAGGCGUCCGAGCGGGCCAGGUCGGAGCACCGCCGCACCGUCGCGCCGGAGGACUUCACCUGGUCCUGCCAGAGCCUCGGGCUCGACAGCUACGUCCAGCCCAUGCAGACCUACCUCCAAGGCUACCGCGAGUACGACAUCGCCCGUGGCAGGAGCAGCCGCGGGGCGCGCCCUCCUGCGCCGCCGGCGAUAGCAUCGUUCCUGCCGCCUGGACAGCCAGUGACGGUCACCGAAGAGGAGCUGGAGUUCCUGCGGUCGGUGGUCCCUCCGCCGCCGGAAGGAUAUUAGCGGUGCCGGUGCGGCUGGCAAACUCGUCGGGCGCAGGCGCAGGCGCUGCUAUAAAUGUACACAUAAGGUGUACGCCAAUAUGUAGCGUUGCUUUGCUUGAAGAAAAUCCCGAUGUAUCCAUAAGGCAAUAAUAAUAUCUUUAGAGCUGUCCCUUCA